CCUCAGAGGCUCAGACCACUUCGGACCGUCGACAACGACCUCAUACCCAAACCGCUCUUUCUCGAACUACGAAUACCUUGUGAUGGCUAGGGAGGGGUCAGAUCUUCCUGAUUCAAGAGAUCACUCUAUCAUUGGACCUAAUCACCGCCUGAGAGCAACCUCCAGUCACCCUGGCCAUUGUAGGCCCUCCUGACUCAUGGCUAAUCCUGCCCCUCUUCCACAACCCUUAGAGAACCGGCCAAGGAGCGGGAUCAGGCCAAAGAGGAGGCAAGUCGGCAGGGCGUGCGAUGCUUGUCGCUUGCGUCGCAUCAAAUGCGACGAUGCGUCCCCUUGUACCAAUUGCAGGGGUCGGGGCCAGCAGUGUAGCAAUACGGAUGCAACGCGAACCUCGACCCUCUCAGAGGCCCAUGAAGAGAUAGAUCGACUGAGGCUUAGAGUGUUGGACCUCGAACGAGAGCUCCAACGGCAGCAAGAGGCGCAUACCACUUUCGACAAUCCACCUUUAAUUCAUUCACAACAAGUAGUCGCCACCGUGGGAGCAACGGCAGCCAUGAACAUCGAAGGCCACUUUGUCAUGCCGAGGAACAAGCCUUGGAAUGGUGCUUUGCUUCGGCCUGCACGUUCACCUCAUGUUGCUUGGUUCGGACCUUCGUCUCUUUACUUCUUUAUCCACCGCCUUGGCGUGUUCCUCAGUACCGAUGUUGAACAUGCUCAGCCAGACCAUAUGCUUCUCCGAUCAACGGGCGGUAAUAACGUGCUCGCUCAGGCAAAGACUACAUCAGAAGACGCAUCUCACUUGUUGAGACCACUAGUCAACGGCAAUAAAUCUGGUGUUUUCCUGAAUCCGAUUCAAGAAGAGUACUUCGUCAACCUGUUUUGGCAAUCGUACCACACCUCUUUGUACGCCAUUAUCGAUGAGGCCGAGUUCAAAAAAGAGUAUCAAGCACUCUAUCUGGACGUGCCUGUGGGAUAUGCUCGCAAGUCUUCGGCGCUAGUCGACAUUGUUGUUGCCAUGUGCAUGCAGUAUAGGGCCUCGAGUCUACCAUCUAGCCAUCAAGGAAAUAUUGUUGAAGAAAAUGAUGCUACAACUGCCGGCCGGUGGCACUAUCGAAGAGCACAGACUUUGCUAGCAGGAGAAAUGGAAAGCCCUACCAUCUCUACACUACAGUGUCAUCUUCUAUCAGCUGUCUAUGUCUGUGGCGCGUCAUUUCAUAACAUGGCAGAUAGCAUUUGCGGUCAAGCUGUACGCACAGCCUACAUGCUGGGUCUUCACAUUGGCCCUCCUCCUGAUACAACAGAGAAAGAACGUCAAGUAAGACGUCGUCUUUGGUGGGCCGUCUAUGUCUUGGAUAGCAAAGUCGGGAUGAAGCUGGGCCGCCCAUUUUUACUUCAUGGCUCGUUUUCCAUGCCGCCAUUCCCCGAUGACCAGCUUGGCGCUUCCGUGUUAUCAGGAUCUACAUUCGCUCCAAUCUCAGGGGACGCUACCUGGCUAAGUUUUAGCCUUCAUCACCUCAAGUUGUUCCAAACGAUGAGAGAUGCUCAUACUGCGUUGUACAGUCACGACUUUGGCCUUGCUCAACGCAAGACCAUAUGGGAUGACCCCACAUCAUUAGCCCAGGUAGCCGAAAGCCUGGGACCUCAUAUCCAAGGGAUAAAGAAAUGGGUGCAGAACUUACCUGAGGCGCUCAAGACCAGUCGAGAAAACGAUGGUUGUGUUCUUUCGACUGAGGGCACGGCUCUCGUCAUUGAGCAGUAUGCCCCACUCUGGCUACAAAGACAACGCCUCCUCCUGGAAAUGGAAUAUCACCACAUGUCUGUCAACCUUUACCGACCCUUCAUUUCGUUCAAAAGAGUUCCGGUGGCCGGAAGUCUUGUUGAGAGGCUCGCGGUGGAAAGCGUCAACCACGCGAUAGAGCUAUCCAAGAUUACCCAGCAAGCGUUGUCGUCUACAGCUAUUCUCAAUGGAUGGCAUGAAGCAUUUCAGUGGCAAUGGAAUUCCGCUAUUACAUUGGCAGGGUUCAUUUUGGCCAACCCAUGCCACGCUUUGGCGGAACCUGCGAGAAGUGCCAUGGGAUUGGCCUUGUCGGUUUUUGGUACAUUUGGCCAAAGUUUCGAGCUGGCUACAAAUGCUGAAACUGUUGUUCGAAUGCUGUGUACGAAGAUCGAUGCCUUGAUAUCCGCAUCUUCCCAGAGCUAUGGUCAGAAGGGACCAGCUGAAUUAUCUACGCAGCGUAUCGAUCCGGGAGUGGAGGUUCCCGAUGACUUUGCUCCUGAAUUGGCCCAUAAACCAACAUCUCCCGAGCUCACGAAUCAAUUUCCGGAGUUCGACUUUACGGAAAUGGCGGUUGGCGUAGAUUUCUGGGCUAACAUUGACAUGCUGGGCAUUGGUGACAUUGGCACAUUUGCCGAGUCCUCUGUGUAUUAGCUAGAAUCUGGAAACUGACCAAGAACUCGAUGUCACACAUCCCAGCAACUAGAGCAUGUCCUCUGUCUGCUUACUCUGGUCCUUUUUUGUCCACUAGGAGUUGCUCCUGUAAUUUAACCAACCGGCCAAACGCAACAACUCCUCUUG